GUGGGUGGCAGCAAAGUACGGCCGUGCCUCAACUCCUCAUCGACCGUCCACAACUGCAGUAGAAGAAGGAAGGACCCGACAGUUGGAUAAACCGAUGCAAGGCAAUGGGUCUACCUGAAUUCUGCUGACCUUUAGUGAUUGGCUCUACCAGUCAUCUGCCAGCAUGCAAGGAUUCUACUCCAAGCUUGACUCCUCCCUGUCCUCAUCCCCGUUACUGGGGAGGGCGCUCGGGGGAGACGGGGCUCCUGUGCCCCUCAGCCUGGCCGUGGAGACGGAGAAAGCUCAGGCCCUCCUGCAGACGUUUAGCUCCGCCUCCCUGCUCGCGUCGGCGGGACUCGGGAUGUUCUGUGUGGUGGCGGACAACGCCCUCCAGCUGUCCGUCAUCCAGCAUCACCUGUGGCUGCGCGCCGGCUUGGACAACGCCACGCACGGGUUGGUGGGCCUGUGGUCGUGGGCUGUAGUCAUUGGACUGAGGAAAAAGAGUGAUUUGUAUGAGGUUCUGCUUGCGGGGCUCCUGGCAUCAAUUAUAGACCUGGACCACUUCUAUAUGGCUGGAUCCCUGUCACUUAAGGCUGCUGUGUCUCUCCCUCAGCGUCCUCCUCUCCACUGCUCCUCUCUCAUCCCCGUCAUCUGUCUCACCCUCCGCUUCCUCAUGUGGAUCGGACGCCUCAAAGACGCCUGGUGCUCCCUGCCGUGGAUGCUCUUUAUCUCCAUGGCGACUCACCACGUCCGCGAUGCCGUGCGCCACGGCCUGUGGGUGUGCCCGUUCGGUAACACCACGCCUAUCCCCUACUGGCUGUACGUCAGCACCACGGCAACGCUCCCUCACCUGUGCUCUGUGCUCAUGUACCUGACGGGAACAAGAGAUGUGAUCUCCACUAAACACGGGGUGGCCAUCGACGUUUAGAGGUUAGAGGUUCACCUCUGGGUAAAAUAACAUUGAAAUACUUGAAAUUACUGGAGAAAUCACUGAAGAGGCUCGAAAGAUGAAGACUUUUUUCAGGUUAAGUGAAGAAAUAGGAUGAGAAAACCCAAGACAUGAUAAUGGAAUUGGAAAACCACUUAAAGUCCAGUCUAAAAUGUGGGGUGGAGACAAGUGUAUAAUAACGAAUUGUCUUUUUUGAAGAAGGAACUACGUGAUCUAUGUGACCUAACCCAAUCUGAGUGCCAAUCGUAGAUUAUUUUGUGAUUAUGUGUCAGCAUCCUGUUCAGUUGCUGUGUCUGGGGUUCAGCGCUCAUCUCUAACAAUCCAACAUGUGUGGGAGUUACCCUUUAAAGCUCCAACGUGUUGUCCUACCAUCUGUUCAUUUGUCCUUAGGAGGGAUCAGUGCCGUGGCCUCUUCAGAUAACAGAGUCAUCAGUCUCACUGUCACUACCAGUGUCAUGGAAACCAAAGGUUGUUAUCAGCCCCUCUCAGUGCAUCCAGCAGCCAAUCACUGCUGAGACCCUGCUCUGCUUUACACCACUGUAUCCAUCCUAGUAGAGAAUUGCAGUACACAUGUACAGGUUUUGUAGUUUUUUUUUAAUGCUGUGACAUUCCACAUUAUGAAAUCACCACAAAGCAAAGUCUUACCUUUAGCUAUUGAUGCCUGUAAUCCUCACCUAUCACCUCUCUGCAACUACAGCAGACUCGCAUUUUGCUGCUUGGAGGAGAAUCACUUUUCUUGUAGAAAUCUGUCACAGACACAUGGAGGUUAAAAGUUCAUCCUUAUUCUAAAAACCAGGUACAACAGUGGCUGUGUUUACAUGGAUAUUACCACUCCACUAAUAGAAUAAAAAUGCCUCGUGUAAAUUUUAGAGAAGUGGUUAUAAAAACAAGUUUUUAUAAAAAAUGAACAAAAGUCGAAUCGAUGUGGGCUGUGCUGUUAAAACACGGCCCCCUCCUGAUUAUUGAAUUAAUUCAGGGUUGUCAGUUAAAGUGAGGAGAAAAUGUCUUCAGAAUGCUAAACAGAAGCACUUUGAAGUAAUGUUCUACUAUUGUUUUGCAGUACAAACACAUAUUACAGAAUGAAGAUUUCGAUUAGGCUGUAGGAAGUUUGUCCAUGUAAACGUAGCCAGUGACUACAGACAUGUCCGGUCGACAUGUUGCCGUCAGCCUCUACCGUGUACUGUUUCUGCCGUCAUUCAUGUCUUUGACAGCUUGCAACUGGAAACUCAGUCAUUCCAGCUGAAGCUGUGAUAGAUGCUCAUGGUUGUUGACAUCGGUGUGACAGGUUUAAGGCGUCUCAAGUGACCUCUUUCUAUUUUACACCAAACUUAGCUGGAGAGUUUAGAUGACACUGGAAAGAUGCUGCAUAGCUACUUUAGAAGUUUAGUAGGUUUUAAAUAUUCGUAGUGUUUCACAUGUUUAGUUAAACAAAUGUUAUUGUUUCCUUAACAUUUUGAACGAUUGAUUCUGUUCAUGCUGAGUUUUACUGUCGGCUUUUUAAUCCUGGGUCGAGGAUUUAUAGUGUUUUCAUUUUUAUCAUGAAAUCCUUUAAUAUGAUCCUCCACUACGAGGGUUUGAAAGUCAUCACAGUUUCAGAUAAACACUGAGAACACAUUCUUUAACAGUACUAUCUAUACGCUGUUUUAAAUGAUGCAUAGUGAGUUGUAAUAUAGUGCGUUGAAUGGGUUUUAGAAACAUGUAGUCUGGAUGUAAGGAACACAUAUAUAGUAUAAAGGAUCUGCUGAGGACGCGUCCAUAUGUUUGACUCUGCUCGUUGAACUGAAGCACUAGAUCACAGCUGAUCAAACAUCAGCCACAACAAAUGUUUAAACUUGAUUUCAUAUUUUCUUGUAAAGCUGGUUCUGUGAUUGAGGAUGUAGUAACACAUGUUGGCCACUAGGUGUCAGCUGUAGUCUCACAUGUGGUGGGGAUCUUUUUUUUUUGUUUGACUUGGUGAGAUAAUUGAAUGAGGAAAGUUAAAUCUGUUCCUCAAGCAACUGCACAUUGUGUUUUAGGAAACCAGUCCUGGUGCAUAUACAAAAAGUUUAUUUUACUGGUUUCUUUCAAGUGUUUUGUUUUGCUGCUACAGAUCUAUCAUCUGUAUUAAUUACUGUAAAUAGGAAUGACUUCCUUUUAUCUCUUGGAAGGUACGGAGAAAGGAUUGGAAACUAUGACACGAUUGUGUAACUCUGGUACUUCUAAGUAAAGCUAACAGAAGCAUUGGAAGUGAUUUAUGACUUCCAGGAUAAACAAAAUCAGAUUUAACAGCUGUUUACUACGCUCUACUUUACUGCUACUUAACCCAGAGGGUGAUGCUCACGGGAGGAGUUUACAUGUCCCAUUUUAUCUGCCAGUGUCCUUUUCUUUUUCCCCUGCUGCUUAUGUUUACAAUGUGACCUUUAUUCAUGCAAUAUUAUGUUGAAUUUUGCACAUUUUAAGUUUUUAUGGUUAAAUUAUGUUAUAUUAUUAAUUAUUAUUAUUAUUAUUGGUUAAAUCUGUUUUUGUAUUGCACAGUUUUGUUUUCAAUCGUAACAACGUAUACAUGGUAACAAGAUAGUUUUAAUGUAGUGUUCUUAUAUCUCAAUAAAAUAUAUGCUGUGUA